AUGGCAUCGACAAAUUAUGUGCCUAAUGCUUUCCCUGAAAUAAAGUUCGAUACAAUCAAACUUGGCCAACAGAUCGGUCGUGGGUCAUUUGGUUCUGUUCAUGUCGGUACGUGGUUCAUAACUGAGGAGAUUCAGAAGAUAGUAGCUUUGAAGAAAGUUUUUGUUUUGGAGAAAGAAGCUGAAAUCCUCUCAAAGAUCCGACAUAGGAACAUCAUCGAAUUCUAUGGCAUCAGUAAUACCAACUCUAAUGUCUAUAUUCUAACCGAAUAUGCCGAAAACGGCUCCUUAUAUGAUUAUCUUCACAAGAUAGAUUCUCCAAAGAACGAUUUUGUGCGUAUUUUAGAAUGGGCGACACAAAUCUCUUCCGCGCUAGUGUAUUUGCAUUACGAGGCUGUCACUACUAUCAUUCACCGCGAUUUGAAAUCCAGAAACGUCGUUCUAGAUGCGAAAUUCGCUUGCAAAAUUUGUGAUUUCGGGACCUCCAAAGACUUAACGCAGUCUUUUGCAUCUAAUUCAUGGGUUGGAACAGCUGCAUGGAUGAGUCCGGAAUUGAUAAAACAGAGCGAGAAAAUAACAAUAGCGACUGAUGUUUGGAGUUAUGGAGUGGUUCUAUGGGAAAUGCUAUCUCACGAGGUUCCAUUCAAGGAUUUCUCUGAGUUCCAAGUUUACACUCAAAUCUCUGAACAAGGAAUCACAUUAGCCAUUCCUGAACAAUGUCCUAUCCCAUUGAAAGAAAUCUUGUACGGUUGUUGGAAAAUGGUUCCGAAAGAAAGGUUUUCCAUGAAGAUUAUCAAAGAAAAGCUUGAAGCGAUGGCUCGAUCCACAAACCUUCAAGAGCAAUGUCAAACUUUCCUUGAUCGCGAGAAUUGGUCUGAGGUUAUUAAUGGUCAAAAAGAGGAAAUCCAGAAGUUGAAAAAAGCUUUGGAAAAGAACAAAGAACUUCUACACGCCAAAGAUAGAGCGCUUCGCAAGAAAUCUCAAGAAACCGCUAUAAGAGAAGUCCUCGGUAAAGCACCGGAAAACGUGGCCUUGUGGACUGAGCAUGAUACUGCAAGAUGGAUAAAAGACAUUUUGGAAAAGAAACUUGAAGAGGAUGAAUUAAACAUUAUCACAGAGAAUGUGAUGAAGCACCGAAUAACAGGCAACCGGCUACUCAUAAUGGAUGAAAAAGAGUUGGAGAAGUUAGCUUUAACGAAGAUAGGAUCUAGGAUAGAAAUUCAGAAGAAUCUUAGAGAACUAAUAGGAAAUCAUCAGAGGGCUCUGAAUUUUCCCUCUCUUCAUGAAGCUGCGAUAAUUGAUAAAACAACUAAACUAGGCAGAGAUCCAUUGAACAUGAGAAGAACAAGUACUCAUGAUAUCACGCUUCUGCUAGGAUUCACAACUUGGUCAACAGGAAAAGUGAUCAGAUUCAAGUUUUAUAUAGACAGCGAUUGGAAACAUGCUGACGAAACCACAAACCAACCUACUUAUAAGAUGAUCAAGAGUGCUUGUUUUUCAGUUUACGAUUGUAAAACUAAUAACUUACUAAAUGAACCUGAGUGCCAUUUGUGCACCUCACCUAUGAUCUCAAUGAAUUGGUUAACCAAAGAUAGUAAUAUAGAGUCUGUACGGGUGAUAGCCAAUGCUCAAUUCGCUGAUGCUGUGUGUGAACCACGAAGCGCUGAGAUGCUUGCAAUAGUUUCUUUUAUGGAAAAAAAUCAAAUAGUAGUUGAACGCCCGGUCCAACUACGAUUAGGUCAUCGUAACAAGGGAUCAUUCUCUUCAUCUCCCGGUGGUAGUCAACGAAGCCAUCUACGUGGAGCAUGGCAGAAGAAGGCUUCUGAAAGUAAGCAUGAGUUGUACGAGGAUGAACUCUCUAAUCUUAGAAUACCUUUGAUAACUCCUCCUUCGUCGGCAGAGCCCCUCACUCCUACUAAUUCUAAUCCAAAUAUUUUCCGUCCACUGAGUAAUGGCGCUUAUCCUGGGAACAUGAAACCCAAUUUGAUGUUUAGAAAGCAGAAACGAAAUUUUUGA